AACACAGACCAAGUUUUUAGUUUUUAAGAAGCUAGGAUUCCCAGUUGUACACGCGACCUCGCUGUGAACUUUAGUCAGUCGGCUCAGUAAACAAGCCGUCCAUUUUUUACACUGUGAGAGAAAACUCCUAGCUAGCAGUCAGUGGAAGGCCUUGAUGGGCUGCAUAUUUUUUAGGACCAUUUCACUCACACACGCACACACGCACACACACACACACACACAAUACAUACUUUAGUAGCAUAUCUCCCUGCAAGGUGAUAAAAGCUAGGCUAGCAGUUAUAGAAAGAUAACAUAAUAUAAUUAUACACUUACACACACUGACCUGGCUCUUCACUCUGCAUCUUCCAUUUAUGAAAACAAAAAUAUAGCAGUCUACCAUUACAACAUGCAGGCUGCUAACCUGCACUAUGCUAGGCUCUAGGAAACCGUUUUUCAGUAUUUUACCAAGCGAAUCUCAGCCUCUUGUUGAGACAUCACCCAUCUAGGUUGGGUGGAGUUAUUUUUAACCUUAAAUCUGCUCCUCCUGUCAAACUUUUAAGAUUAAUGGGCCUCUUUUGUAUAAACACCCCGUUUGCCAUAUUGUAAAUGUGCUCUUAACAAUAACCACGUUUUACUGGAUUACAUCACCAGGGUCCAGGCAGAAUAUCUGCAUGCAGAUCUCCAUUGUUUGACAUGAAGGGCCUCACAUAACCUCCCACUCGAAACAACGAGGUGAGACAGUUGGCAACCGAACACUUUUUUUUUUCUCGAAAAUAAUACCCCCUGCUAAACACAAACCAAUAUCUUAUGGUAUUUUUGAGCAUUUGUUGAAAAUAAUGCUUUCUUUAGCCACCAGGCCCCGGCUUUCCAUUGGUUGAAUCUGGUCAUGUGACCAGGAAUUGGCUGCAAUUUCGCCCAUAGUCUUCAGUUUAGUAGACCAAGGUCCCCAUACGCUAGUAAUAUCACCAAUAUACACAAUUAUUAAAGCCCGCAAAUACGGGACAGCGGGGAGCUAAUAAUCACGCGUUUUUGUUUUUAUUUUGCUCGUUUUGAUCUCGCCGUCCGCCUGUGGACUAGGAUAAACUAUGAAUUUUGAAUUUGAGAGGGAGAUUGGGUUCAUAAACAGCCAGCCUUCCCUUGCAGAGUGCCUGACGUCUUUUCCCGCUGUCCUGGAGUCAUUUCAAACUUCAUCAAUCAAGGACUCGACAGUAAUUCCUCCUCCUUUCGAGCACACCAUCCCCAGCCUGAGUCCCUGCACAAGCAGCCAGGCGCGACCGAGGAGCCAAAAGCGAACCUCCAAUGGCCUCCAGCUUCGGACGCCACAGCCGCAACAGGGCCCAGCCCCGCCGGCAAGUACGGCUGGCCCGCUUGCACACGAGUUCCCCUGGAUGAAAGAGAAGAAAUCCUCGAAAAAGGGACCCAAAUCUGGGAAUGCCACGGUAGCCUCCUCUUCUCCCUCUCCUGCAUCCUCCGGGUACGCCACUGCAGGACUUGAAUCACCGACAGAGGCGCAGGGUGGACUGGACAACGGCAGCGGAUCCCGGAGGCUGAGGACUGCCUACACCAACACGCAGCUACUGGAGCUGGAGAAGGAGUUCCUUAACAAAUAUCUCUGUCGGCCCCGGCGGGUGGAAAUAGCUGCCCUUCUGGAUCUAACCGAGAGACAGGUCAAAGUGUGGUUCCAGAACCGGAGGAUGAAGCACAAGCGGCAAACGACACACCACAGGGAAGGCCAAGAGGGUGACCCCGGCGGGUUCGAGCCCCUGGAAGGUGCCGAUGCUUCCUCGCCUUACUCGAGCCAGCCACUGGAAGCCUCGGGCUCGGCUGCGUCUGAGGAAGAGACGUGUAACUCGGCAGCCUCCUACACGAACAGCAGUGACAAUAACCAGCCCACGCCUGAGGAGGGCCAGCUGAGCUGCCAGGAGCCCACAUCAGUCUCUGACACAACAGUGCGGUACCCGUUCCCAACGCCCACUGCAGAUAACCCCGCAACAAUGGGCGACGGUGGCGCAUCUGGCCCGGAUCAUUCGUUUUCAGAGCAGCAGGACGCCUCCUCCAUGCCCGAUUUGAAUUUCUUUUCUGCUGAUUCCUGCCUCCAGAUUUCUGACGCUUUAUCGCCCAGCUUGCAGAGCUCGCUCGACAGCCCGGUAGAUUUCUCCGAGGCGGACUUUGACUUAUUUACAAGCACACUUUGUACAAUAGAUUUACAACAUUUACAGUUCUAACGACAACAAGAAUACAGAACAAUCGAAUUAAGGAGAAUGUCCCACGGUCUUACAAUGGUAUGAAUGCUUCUCGGCAACAUUCCUGAAACACAUUUAUGAAAAAGAUUCCUGGGUUUAUUUUGAAGAUAACAUAGAACCUGAGAUAGCAAAGGGCGAUUAUGUCCUUUCCUGGCAUUAUAAUUUUGGUUUACUCCAUCGAAAUCACAUACGGAUUUCCCCUUGUUCAAAUUUCAGGUAUUUAUUGCCUUCUUGUUUUCUGACAGUAUUAAUUGGCAGUUACAGUAAAAUACUAUACUGUCUCCUUAAUGUUUCAAAACUGUUCAGUGCAGCUCAAUCUUUUAAUUCUCAGGAAAUGAAGGCCUAUCAGAUAUAUAGGCCUAAAGGAUAGUUGAACUGCUUUUAGAAAUUCUCUCGAGACGGGCGUUGAACCUGUUGAUGAGUUUAGAACUAGUUUAUUUAUUGAGAUUCUUUAAUAGUAAAUUUCAAAUUAUUUAUUGUACAUUAUUUUCAUAGUUGAAAUAAAAACAAACUUUUAUAAUGUG